AUGGAAGAAACGGGUACAGAGAGAAGGAGGUUGGUGGUGAUUGGAGGGGGUAUUGCUGGUUCCUUGCUUGCCAAAUCUCUCCAAUUUCAUGCUGAUGUCACCUUUAUUGAUCCGAAGGAGUAUUUUGAGAUAACAUGGGCAAGCUUGAGAACAAUGGUCGAGCCAUCAUUUGGGGAGAGAUCGGUGAUCAAUCAUAGAGAUUACUUCACAAAUGGCCGUAUUGUUACGUCUACUGCAAUUGGCAUAACUGAAACAGAAGUAUUGACAGCAGAUGACCGUUCCAUUGCCUAUGACUAUCUUGUCAUUGCCACGGGGCACAGGGAUCCAGUCCCGAAAACUAGGAUGGAAAGACUUGACCAAUACCAAGCAGAAAAUCAAAAGAUUAAGUCCGCUCAGUCUGUUUUGAUUGUUGGAGGGGGUCCCACUGGUGUUGAGCUUGCUGGAGAGAUUGCUGUUGAUUUCCCAGAAAAACAGGUUACUUUGGUGCAUAGCGGAUCAAGGUUGCUGGAAUUUAUUGGGCCAAAAGCUUCCGAUAAGACACUACAAUGGUUGACAUCGAAGAGAGUUAAUGUGAAAUUGGAGCAGAAAGUUGAUUUGAACUCUAUUACAAAUAAUAAUGACACCAAAACAUAUCACACCUCAGCUGGAGAAACUAUCAGAGCAGAUUGCCAUUUCCUAUGCACGGGGAAACCACUUGGUUCAGAAUGGCUUGAGGAUACUAUUUUGAAGAAUAUCUUGGAUGGUCAGGGAAGGUUGAUGGUUGAUGAGUAUUUGAGGGUCAAAGGUCGGAAAAAUAUAUUUGCAAUCGGAGAUAUUACUGAUAUUCCAGAAAUCAAACAAGGGUAUUUGGCACAGAAACAUGCUUCAGUGGCAGCCGAGAAUUUGAAGCUAUUGAUGGCUACAGGCAAAGAACGAAAAAUGUCUACUUAUAAACCUGGUUCAACCACGGCACUUGUUUCACUGGGGAGAAGGGAUGCUGUAGCACAAUUUCCUUUCACAACCAUCAGUGGCAUUGUUCCUGGUAUGAUCAAAUCCAGAGACUUGUUUGUGGGGAAAACAAGGAAGCAAAGGGGUCUACAACCUCAUUAA